ACUAACAAGAGAGAAAAACUGUCCCAUUGCAAAAACCAACUUGGGAUUCGGGAAAACCAAAAAAGAAGAAGAACCAAUAGUCAUAAGUGACCCGUUAUCAAUGCCCAUAUAGAGAUAUUGUACUCACUUUGAUUUCCCAAAAAGAACCCAGUAAUUUUUUUUCCCUUUUUUCUUUCUCUUUUCUCUCUGUAUUUUGUUGUGUUUCUCGCUCAGGGUUCUGUGGAAACAUGCCGAGGCCAGGCCCGAGGCCUUACGAGUGCGUGAGGCGAGCUUGGCACAGCGAUCGGCACCAGCCCAUGAGAGGCUCCGUCAUUCAGCAGAUUUUCAGGGUUGCCAAUGAAGCGCACAGCGCAACGACUAAAAAGAACAAGGAGUGGCAAGAGAAGCUGCCCAUUGUGGUCCUCAAAGCGGAGGAGAUUAUGUACUCCAAGGCCAAUUCCGAGGCCGAGUACACGAAUCUAGACACACUAUGGGAUAGAGUAAACGACGCGAUUAAUACGAUAAUCCGGCGAGAGGAAACAACCGAAACCGGAGACCUUUUGCCGCCCUGUGUUGAAGCUGCUCUUAAUUUGGGUUGCAUUCCAGUAAGAGCUUCGCGAAGCCAACGCCACAGUAACCCUAGGACUUACCUUACCGCAAGAGCACAUGAGCCUUUCUCCGCAGGUACUAGAGUUUUGGAUAGGACUAGCGAUGAAAGACGCCCUCAGUUAUUGCCACUUCACUCGGGGAACCAAUUGACUUUUGCAAGAGCCCCGAUUGCGAACCCUGCGAAUUUUCUUUCCGAAUCUAACACCCAUGUCAACCGGAAUAAUAAUAACCUCACUGCUCCUCGCAGUCAUGCAUUUUCGCCUGAGAAUGUUGUCUCUGGCCAUAGUCAGGCAACAACAAUUGACACGAAUGCCUCACUGAACUUGGGUUCAGUAUAUCCUUUGUAUCAUGGGACAAACUAUCGAACUGAAAAGUACCAUUCAGGCUCUCCUAUCCCAGAAAAUGUACAUUCUAAGACGAUUUAUGUUGGUACGCCAGUUGUUACACCGGCUGCAACUGCUGAGCCGACUAUGCAGGAUUGUUUUACUCGAGUGGAUGCCAUGGGCACCCAAGAGAACCCACAAGAAGCAGAAUGCGAUUUGUCUCUGAGGCUGAGUUUAUUUUCCAACCCAUUUGGUAGAACCCAGAAAAAUUUUGCAACUGAAACGGAAGAUGUUGGUUCCAGCAGCUCUCAGGACGCGGGCAAAGUGAAUGAUGUGCGACAGUCAAUGGGCAGAGAAUUCUGUUUCUUCCCAGGCAAGUCUGCUUGUGAUCUCUCUGAAUCCAGUUCAAGAAUGUGGAAUUCAGGGGGUGAAGGCCAGAAUUUGGAGGCCUUCGUAAGGAAGGGUAAGGAAACAUUUAGUAGCAAUGAGAAGGAUGGGCAAUUUUGCUGGCAACCAGGUGUCCCAUCCAACUGGUUUCGUAGGUGAAUCACCGUGCCAGGUUUGUAGGCGAUUUUUUCCCCUUGCUGUUGUAGUGUAUAUGUUUUCAAAUGUGAGGUUUCCCAUAUCUCUUGUUGAGUCCCUCUGUGAUAACUUUAUUUUAUUGUAGAAUCGAUUGUGAAAUCUUAGAAGUUGAUUUUGAGAUGCAAGCUUCAAUGGUUGAAAGAUGCAAGUUACUGAGUUGUAAAUGGAAUGUGAAUUUUAUUCUCA